UGACCGGCUUGGGGUGAGGAGCGCGGAGCUUCCCCGACUCACUGCGCCCCAGGACUGACCGACCCGGCGCCAGGGAUCCUGGUGGGCGGGGCGCGCCCACGUGACCGGCGGGGCCCGCGCUGGGCAGUGAGAGGCACUGCCCGGGCGCUCGGUGUGCGCCCGGCCUCCCCUUGCCCUGUCCCUCGCAGGACGGAGGAAGCAGCUCCGAGGGCCGCCCUGGCAAACGCCCAGCGUCCCCAGCAGCAAGGCCGGUGUGACCUGGGCAGCGGCAGUGAUGGACAGCAAACUGGACCUUUCCAAGCUCACAGAUGAGGAGGCCCAGCACGUGUGGCAGGUGGUGCAGCGGGACUUCGCCCUCCGCACUCGGGAAGAAGAACGCCUGGCGUGAGUGUCCAUGUGCGGGAGCCAGGGCACCCAGGUGGGCAGAGACAGGCGUGGGGCAACUGAAGGGCAAAAUUAAGAAGGAGAGCUCCAAGAGGGAGCUGCUCUCCGACACAGCCCACCUGAACGAGACCCACUGUGCCCGCUGCCUGCAGCCCUACCGGCUCCUGGUGAACAGCAAGAGGCAGUGCCUGGACUGCGGCCUCUUCACCUGCAAACACUGCAGCCACUCCCACCCGGAGGCACAGGGCUGGCUGUGCGACCCCUGCCACCUGGCCAGGGUGGUGAAGAUCGGCUCGCUGGAGUGGUUCUACCAGCACGUGCGAGCCCGUUUCACACGCUUCGGGAGCGCCAAGGUGGUGCAGUCCCUAUGUGGACGGCUGCAGGGCGGAGGAAUCGGCUGUCAUGGGGAUUCCAAGCAGCAGAAAUGGGAACUGAAGGAAGUACCCGUGCCCACCCUGGGACUGGGGCCACCGGCAGAAAGUGCCCCUGAGCUGAGCUCUGGUGAGAGGAGCGGAGAGAGCGAGCAGACAGAUGAGGACAGAGAGCUGGACACAGGGGCCCAGGCCCUGCCCCUUGGCAGCAGAAGACGCCUCCUCUCCUUCCGCACCGUGGACUUCCAGGGAGACUCGGACAGCUCCACAGAGCCCUGCAGUCGCGCCCUGUGCCUGUCCUCGGUGUCGGGGGCCACAAACAGCCUGCAGUCCCUCCCAGGUGACCUCUGCUCAGCUGAUGCCGCCUUCCAGGGGCCUGAGAUCCUGCAGGAGGAGGACACCAGGGCCCCCAGGUGCCACUGCGGGCCACUGAAGCAGCCAGCCAGCCUCUCUUUCUUGGGACCAGAGCCCUGCCUGCCUGCAGACCCCAACACUGCAGCCCUGGGGCCCACUGCCAUGGCUGGCACAAAUGCCAGCAGGAGGGCACCGCUCCCUGCGCAGUACCUGGCCGACGUGGACACCUCUGAUGAGGACAGCGUCCAGGCUCCCAGGGUGGCCUCCCAGCAUCCCAGGCGGAGGGGCCAGGCUGCACACGAUGGCCAGUCCCCCACCCAGGCCAGUGCACACACGGAGGCCGACCUGGAGGAGGAGAGACUGCGGAGGAAGCUGCAGGCGCUGACCAGCGGCCUCAGUGACCAAGGCGCCUCAUCUGAAGAGGAGGCAGCCAGGGACGCAGCGGCUGGGCCAAGCGCGGAGGUGUGCACAGCCGCAGGCCGCAUGGACGCCUGGGACAGCAGCCCUCUGGGCCCCGGGGCCCCCACUGUGCCCAGGAGGACCACAGACGAGGCUCUGUCGGAGCUGGAGGACAGAGUGGCCGCAGCGGCCUCUGAAGUGCAGCAGGCGGAGAGUGAGGUUUCCGACAUUGAGUCCAGGAUUGCAGCCCUCAGAGCUGCAGGGCUCACGGUGAAGCCCUCGGUGAGGCCUCGGAGGAAGUCAAACCUCCCGAUCUUCCUUCCUCGAGUGGCGAGGACUCCUGGCAAGAGGUUGGAGGGUCAGAAUGCAGACCCUGCGGAGGAGGGCAAGGCAGCAGCUGCGCCCUGUCUUCUCAGGGGAAAGUACUCCCCCAAAGCUCAUGGCAAAGACCAGGAGUCCUUAGAGCAGAAGUCACUGUACCGUGGAUCCUUGACGCAGAGGAGCCCCAGCAGCAGGAGGGGCAUGGCUCGCCACAUCUUCGCGAAACCCGUGAUGGCCCAGCAGCCUUAAGAGGAGGCUUGGGACCAGGACAGAGGCCCUGGGAGCCCCACCCUGCAUCCACUACGCGGCCUCCCAGGCACCACACUUCCUGCCACACUCGAUCACCGCCCCAGAGAGAAGCUGGAAGACGCCUGUCUAUGUGGCCUGUGGCUGCAGAUGCCGGCACCUCAGACCCAGUUGUCUGGAGGUGCCAGGGCCACCUGCCCAGCUUUGAGCCCUGCGGAGCUGAGCUGAGGUGACCACAGGGUGGCACCGUCUCAAGCUAUGGAAGGACACAGUGACCUUGUUACUGGUCUUCCAGCCCUCCGCAUCUGGCUGUGCUGUGUGGAGGUGACCAAGUUCCUGCCCACGUUAGGUGAGGGCAGAGGGGCCCAGGUCUGUGCCAGUGCAGCGGGAUACCAGGCGGCAACUGCACACAGGACCCACUGGGUGCUGAGGAGAGGAUGCCUGCCUGCCCCUCUGCUGGCCCCUGCGGCCCACAGGCGGGGGCAGCAGCAUCACUGACAGCCCAAAUUCCUCCCCCACCCCGGGAGCACCUCCCUGGACAAGACUUCAGGAUACCAUCUGAACAGUGGCCCGUGACCUGCACUUUCUGGAUGACUCAUACUUCUGAAGUAAACUUGGCCAAUUCACAGAAAUGAGUGCUUUUAAAUUUUCGCCAGAACUGGGGUUUCACAUGCCAUCUCUACCGGAAAGGGCUUGGCUGAUAACUGAUGCUUCCUCCCACAGCCAGCCACCUCCAAGCUGGGAUGGAAGCUGUCACCCAGGGCUCCCAGCGUCUCCCGAAAGACUCUCAGGCACACGGGGCACACAGGCCACAGCCACAGACUCUCGUAUCCUCCAGAAUGAGAAUGAGGAGGGAAUGUUCUGUUAGUUCGCUCAGGUGCCAUGCCAAUGCCCUGUGGCCUCAAGGACAAAGUUCCAUCAGCCGGGAGAACACAACCACAAAAUGUGCUCCCUUCUCUUUCGCAGCCUGGAAGUCAGAACUCAAGUGUCAGGAGGGUCCACUGUAUCUGACAUAUCCGAGUGCCGCAGUCUUAGGCUCUUCCAGCCUCUUCCGGCACACUCUCUCUGGGGCCCCCGACUGCCUCCUCCGGCCCUGCCUGUCUGGUGAUGCCCUGGCCAAACAAAGCCAGACCAAAAGCAUAUGGCUCUGAGGCCCACUGGGCAAAGGUGUGGGAAGAGCUCCCAACCUCCAUCUGGAACCUAAGCCUGCAGGGUCCCCUCUCUAAGGACACCAAGGCUGGUGCCACAGCUGCCUAGCCAGGCCUGCAGCCCGGCCCUAUAGGGUGACAGUCCUUCACCUUCUACCACCAGCACCCAGAACCUCCAGCCAUCCAGUGCCCUCAAGGGAUGUCCAGGGCUGUCUAGGGGACAGGGGACAAGACUGACACCUGCCUCCCACCUCUGCCUCCCUCCCACACACCCCAAGGUGGCGAGGUGCCCAGACCACACCAUUGAAGCUGCCUCACCUAUACACAGUCACGCUUACACCCUCACAUGUGUGCACACACAGCUUGCACGUGGUAGUGUCCAGGACCGCAAGCUCCAGCCCCCGGGUCUCAGCACCCACUGCCUCGGGAGGCCCUGGAGCUGGGCACCCUCCAGUGGACACUACCCAGCAGAGCACCUCCACUGCCCACGCUGCCCAGGAACUCAUGUGAGGGGCAGCCCAUUCCAAGGGGAUGGCGAAUCUUCCCCUGCUCCUUACCCUGAGCCCCUACACACACCAGGUCCCCACCAGACACAACCUUCCCUCUCCAGGGACAGGCACUGUGCCUGAGAACAGCUCUGGGGGUGAUGGGCUGUCCGGAGCUCUCUCCCGAUAUCCAGCCCCGCCCAGGAAAUGAGUCCAGGAGAAGCAACCUGCUGCUCUCCUCUCCAGCACGGUUCUCCCAGAAGACAAUAUUGGUUUGCACCUAGAGGCCCUUGCUGUGUCUCCAGAUAGGAACCAAUGCGGGUCUGAGGCCUGGCUAAAUGGUAAAAUACCGCACAGUUAUUUGAAACAGCACAGGUGUGCAGGUGUCUCAGAGCACAAGGCUGUGGCCAGUGAAAGAAUCUGAGACCUGUGUAAGCAGAGUGGACCUUCCAGGAAGUGUGUGGGACACUCAGGACAACAUCCAUGCUGCAGGUAGUAUAGUUUUCCCCAA